CAAGCCAGGCUAAAACCAGCAGUAUGCUUAGGGCAUUGCUAGUGACCCCCACACAAUGGAGUCUUAUGUGGUUAUUAUUUUGUUAGGAUUAUUCUUUAGUGUUUUCCAAUGGCAGGCUUCCCUAUGUGUUUGUGUUGCAUCCCUGGCUGUGUUUUACUGGAGGAAAAUAUACAUCGUUUUGAAAACGCUACCAAGAGAUUUAAGGUUGUUAUACAGAGUCCACUUGAUGGUGAGAAGAACAGUUUCUUGUAAGAAGAGAAACAUUUCCGUGGUAGACGCAUUUUAUAAACAGCUUAGAACUAAACCAAGCAAACCUUGCUACUAUUUUGAGGAUCAAAUAUGGACUUAUGAGGAUGUUGAAGACUACAGCAAUGAAGUGGCGAACGUUUUCAACGAGGCAGGCUUUGCCAAAGGAGAUGUUGUGGCCGUCAUGAUGCACAACUGUCCAGAGUACGUCUGUACUUGGCUCGGGUUGGCCAAACUGGGAGUCAUCUCGGCUCUCAUCAACACUAAUUUGAAACUCGGUGUUUUAGCUCACUGCAUAAACAAUAGCAAUGCCAAAGCCAUCAUCUUCAGCAACAAGUUUACAUCAGUGAUAACGGAGGCCAAAGACCUGUUGGAAGGAGAAGUAAAGUUUUACCAAGUAGGAGACACAGUGCCUGGCGAGAACAUUCUUGACCUCAGUAAGAUGAUGACGUUGUCUUCUCGUAAACCUCCGAACACCACUUACAAACCCGGCUACGACGAUCAGCUGCUCUACAUAUUCACAUCAGGGACCACGGGAAAACCAAAGGCAGCACGAUUCCCUAAUUCCAGGUUUAUUCUGAUCAGUAACGCGGCCCGCACCCUAGUUGGAGUGAAGGAAGAUGAUGUCAUAUACGACCCCCUCCCACUCUACCACGUCGCAGGAGGAGCGUUAGGCGUCGGUCCUGCGUUGAUCUACGGAGCCCCUGCUGUACUUAGGGCCAAGUUCUCUGCAUCUGGCUACUUUGAGGACUGCAUCAAAUAUAAAUGCACCGUUGGACAGUACAUUGGAGAAAUGUGUCGGUAUCUCCUGGCAUCUAAGGUUCGUCCUGAAGAUCGUCAACACAAGGUACGACUUAUGAUGGGCAAUGGAAUGCAAGCAUCGAUUUGGAAGCGGUUUGUGGAGCGAUUUGGGGUACAGAAUAUCGUAGAGUUGUACGGUGCCACUGAAGGAAACGUAAAUCUGGGUAACCUCAAUGGUAAGAUUGGUGCUAUUGGAGCUAUUCCACAAUGUCUUCCCAAAUUCAUGAUUCCGAUGGCCAUCAUUAGAGUGGACGAGGAAAGCAGCCAGCCAAUCAGGGACAAGAAUGGACUUUGCAUUUGGUGCAAACCAGGUGAAACGGGAAUGUUUGUUGGAACGAUUAGACAGAACGAUCCUACCAGACAAUACCACGGAUAUGUGAAUCAAGAUGAAUCCAAGAGAAAAGUCAUUUACGAUGUUUUGAAGAAGGGUGACCAGGCUUUCCUGUCAGGAGAUUUGGUGAUGAUGGAUGAAGAAGGUUACAUUUAUUUCAAGGACCGUACUGGAGAUACUUUUAGAUGGAAAGGAGAGAACGUGUCCACUUCUGAAGUAGAGUCUGUUGUCAGUUCCAUUGUUGGGUUGAAAGAAUGCACAGUUUACGGAGUACAGGUGGGUGAUCUAGAGGGUAGAGCGGGCAUGAUGGCUGUGGAGGAAGGUGAUGAACCACUCGACCUGCCAGGACUUGCCGAAGGGUUGGACCGAGCGUUGCCUACUUACGCCCGCCCUGUGUUCCUGCGACUAGCCCAAGUCCUGCCUCACACUGGUACAUUCAAACUAAAGAAGAUUGAUCUACAGAAGGAAGGUUUCAAUCCUUCCACAAUCUCGGAUAAACUCUAUCUCCGUCAGUAUCUGAGCUUCACUCGCCUUACUCCUGAGCUUUAUGAGGACGUAAUCACCGGAAAAAUCAAAAUUUAGGAGCACUACUACUGUACCUGCAUCGUCUGUCAUACAACCAAGAAACAGACGUGUCAAUCAACAGUGGAUUCAAAAUACAGAAUUUAAGGAAAUGAACAAAUACAGAAGUAAAACCAUAAAUGAUGAAAGUGUCAAAGAAAUUGUACUGUACAAUAUGCUCUAACUCAACUCUUGAUUUUUAUCUGAAAACUUGUGUAAAUUAUCUUCUAGAUAGUUGUGUAAUGUGUACAUUAAAUGUAAAUUGUUAAA